AUGUUUGAACAAGACAAAGAGCAGUUCCAGCAACCAAAUAAGGAAGUCAGUGCUGAAGUAUUUCAGAAUAGAAAUAGGCAAGUGUACAGAUCGAUCCUUCUGUUCCCACACCAGAUGUACAAUUGUGUCCCCACAUUUGAAUCAGAAACUACCAGAACGUUGCCUUCAGCACUCCUGGUGUCUGCCUAUUUCAACUCCAGAGAAGUUGUUACAAAAGUCCUGUACCAGAGCAGUGGAGAUUGGUUUAUACCUCAUUCCAGAAUCAUCUGGCUGGAGAGAAUUUCAGAGAUCGUGCCACCGAUCCCCUCCACUGAACAGCUGAGACAGGAGAGUAAGGAAUUUUUGCCUCAAAACCUCAUUUCCAAGAUCUACUGUUACAUUCAAAGUCGCCGGUACCUGCCGGGCGCAGCCGCCCGCAGCGCCCUCGCACCUGACCAGAAUCUGGGAGUAGCGGCCUUGAGACCCGAGGGACCCUCUGAAAAUCCAGCAGCUGCAGAACCAAAUCCGCCUGGAGCAGGAGGCCAGCGCACGCCACUCCGCGCCACCCUCGCCGCCCUGCAGAACCUGGGCCCCGCGUCCAGCCAUGGCACGCCGGCCUCCAGCCCCAGCUCCUCCAGCCUGCCCUCGCCCAUGUCCCCGACCAUGAAGCAGUUUGGCCGCGCGCCCGUGCCGCCCUUCGCGCAGCCCUUCGGCGCCGAGGCCGAGGCCCCGUGGUGCCCGAGCUCGCCGUCACCCCCGCCGCCACCGCCCCCGGUCUUCAGCCCCACGACUGCCUUCCCGGUAUCCGAUGUGUUCCCGCUGCCACCGCCGCCGCCGCCACUCCCAGGCCCGGCUCCAGCCACCCACUGCUCCUCGCCGGGGGCCCGCUUCGGACACAGCCAGACGCCUGCCGCCUUCCUCAGCGCCCUGCUGCCCUCUCAGCCUCCACCUGUCGCCGUCAACGCCUUGGGGCUGCCCAAGGGCGUCACCCCUGCGGGCUUUCCAAAGAAGGCCAGCAGAACGGCUAGGAUAGCCUCCGAUGAGGAGAUUCAAGGCACAAAGGAUGCUGUCAUUCAAGACCUGGAACGGAAACUUCGCUUCAAGGAGGACCUCCUGAACAAUGGCCAACCGAGAUUAACAUAUGAAGAAAGAAUGGCUCGUCGACUACUGGGUGCUGACAGUGCAACUGUCUUUAAUAUUCAGGAGCCAGAAGAAGACACAGCUAAUCAGGAGUACAAAGUCUCCAGCUGUGAGCAGAGACUCAUCAGUGAGAUCGAGUACAGGCUAGAAAGGUCUCCUGUGGAGGAGUCGGGGGAUGACAUUCAGUAUGGGGAUGGACCUGUGGAAAAUGGAGUGGCGCCGUUCUUUGAGAUGAAGCUGAAACAUUACAAGAUCUUUGAGGGAAUGCCUGUAACUUUCACGUGUAGAGUGGCUGGAAAUCCAAAGCCAAAGAUCUAUUGGUUCAAAGAUGGGAAACAGAUUUCUCCAAAGAGUGACCACUACACUAUUCAAAGAGACCUCGAUGGGACCUGCUCCCUCCAUACCACAGCCUCCACCCUAGACGAUGACGGGAAUUAUACAAUCAUGGCCGCAAACCCUCAGGGCCGCGUCAGUUGCACUGGACGGCUAAUGGUCCAGGCUGUGAACCAAAGAGGUCGCAGUCCCCGCUCUCCCUCAGGACAUCCUCAUGUCAGAAGGCCUCGUUCUAGGUCAAGGGACAGUGGAGAUGAAAACGAACCAAUUCAGGAGCGAUUCUUCAGACCUCACUUCUUGCAGGCUCCUGGAGAUCUGACCGUUCAAGAAGGAAAACUCUGCAGAAUGGAUUGCAAAGUCAGCGGACUCCCAACUCCAGACCUAAGCUGGCAACUAGAUGGAAAGCCCAUACGCCCUGACAGUGCUCACAAGAUGCUCGUGCGUGAGAACGGAGUGCACUCUCUGAUCAUAGAGCCUGUCACAUCACGAGAUGCUGGCAUCUACACGUGUAUAGCCACCAACAGAGCAGGACAGAACUCCUUCAGCCUGGAGCUCGUGGUUGCUGCUAAGGAAGCACACAAACCCCCCGUGUUUAUUGAGAAGCUGCAGAACACAGGAGUUGCUGACGGGUACCCAGUAAGGUUGGAAUGCCGUGUUGCAGGAGUGCCACCGCCUCAGAUAUUUUGGAAGAAGGAAAACGAAUCACUCACUCACAGCACUGACCGAGUGAGCAUGCACCAGGACAAUCAUGGCUACAUCUGCCUGCUCAUUCAGGGAGCCACUAAGGAAGAUGCUGGGUGGUACACAGUGUCAGCCAAGAACGAAGCAGGGAUCGUGUCCUGUACUGCCAGGCUGGACGUUUACACCCAGUGGCACCAGCAGCCACAGAGCACCAAGCCAAAAAAAGUACGGCCCUCGGCCAGUCGCUAUGCAGCACUGUCGGACCAGGGACUCGACAUCAAAGCAGCGUUCCAGCCUGAAGCCAGCCCAUCUCACCUGACACUGAAUGCCGGCUUGGUAGAGAGUGAAGACCUGUAAUCCGACGUUCUUGUUAAAACGGAAACACUGAAACAGCCAUUGCCUUGACCAGCAUAUUCCUUUUGUCGCAUUAUGUAAAAGGCAGAAACAUCCUUUUGACUAGAAAAACAAAAUUUUUUAAACACCAAAAUAAUAUUUUUUUUUCUUAUUUGAUAUACCAAACUUAGAGCUUAGGUGAUGCUAAUAAAAAUAUACACAUUGCACAGAAAAUUCACAUUUACUGUCCAGUUGAAAAACUUUCAGAAUUGCUGUCAUUAAAGUGGUCUGAAAUGUCAAAAUGCUAAGAAUCAGUUAGUUGUUCAAAGGUAAUCACCAUUUGUAUUAUCUACAAGUGCCUUUAAACACAGGCUAUAGGUGCUACAUAGUGUGAGAUGUUUAGCAUAAGGCAAUUGUACCAUGAAUACACUAUACUCAGCAGUGUGUACAGACAGCGACGGUGAACCAAGUGCAAUAGGGAAGGCGGGAAAAGGAAGAGGGAACGACAAAGAAAUCUAAGUAAAUGCCUUGUCUUUGCUAGCUGCUUUCUGUGAAACCAUCAGGAAGGAACUCCUUGCCUUAAAUUUUAUUCAUAUCCAGAGUUUUCUAACAAGGUUAAUACCUUGGUUCUUAACUUUCUUCUUUUUAUGUGUAGUUUUUUUUCUGUUUUUUUUUCCCCCCCCUCCAACCUUGGUAGAAGGCUUAUUUACAAACCAUAUUAAGAGGCUAAUUUAAAUCAUAGAAAAUAUUGGAAAUAAAGCAGAAAUAUGUUACAAUUCAUUCCACACUUUUGUCUAAACCACCUAAAUGACCACACCAGGUAGUAUUGGGAGGAAAGAAGUUUAGAUAGAAAUAGGAAGAGCAGGAGAGGUGACAAAGGCCAGGCUUUUCUUUGGUUUUCUUCAAAAUUAAUUUUUCAAAAUAGGUUUAGAAAAAGAACUAACAACACUGCCAUCCACAAGUCGAGUCAGCUGGCGGUUUGGAGCACAUGUGCUAUGGGGAUUUCAGUGUAUCUGGAGUUUGUGUUGCAGUUGAAGAUUUUAGAUGUGUAGAGCAAGUUGAAAAUGGAUUGAGACUGCAAGAGUGGCCUAAGUGAGAAAUUGCCUGUAGGAUCUAGUCUGCUGGAGGGAAAUGGAGACUUGAGCAACAGAAACAAGUUUGUAACAUAUUAUUUUCAAUGACGUCAAGAUACGGUGAAUGGAAAUCGUGCGUUUACUUCCCUGCUGUCAUGAAACCUUACCUUAAAAAGGUGCUGGGUUCCAAGCAGGUUUAAAGGCAUCUCAGCAGAGACUUCUUGUGGAAUGCAUGUGAUUCUGCCUCGGCUAGACUGAGUUCAUUCUGACCAGACUUGAUGGUUUUAAGUCGGAACCAAUAAAUUCUGAAAAGGAGAAAAAAUAAUUUGGCCAGAUAGUAUAAAACAUGAGGCUUUAAUGGUACUUUGCUAUAAAAAGAAAACACUGUGUUCCUUAUGCAAAACACAUGUAUCUUUCAUUAUUUAUAAUAAAAGUGUUGAACUCUCUUAGCUCAGUUACUCAAUUCAUAUGUAGUAUUUUUUAAAUAAUUUUAUAUCUGUGUACCACCCCAUAUAUUUCAUAUUACUGCUUCACGUGUACAGCUUUCUACUUUGUAAUAACACCAACCAACCAAGUUUUAAGUGAUUAACAGGCUCAAGCACCGGGUGGCAGAUACUCUAUGUAGUGUGGUACAAAUUUCUUGGACCAUACUUACAUGCGUUGCUCAUACGGAGUUUAAGAUCCCAUACAAAGUCUCUCAUAGACCUAGGUUGUAGAAUGAUGACUUAUGUCAUACAUUACUUGCCAAAUUUUUCUGAAUGUGACCUGCUCAUUUGCUGGGUUUGGGGUUAACUAGCAUUAUUUUGCCUCCUUUUAUGUUGUAUUUAUAUUAAAAAAAAAAAAGUACUAUCAUGCUACUUUGGAUUGUUGUGCUGGUGUAAUAUGGAUUUCACAUCAAUAAAUAUUUAACGAAUAA